AUGUACAAGUCAACCCAGGCAUUAUUCGGUGGUCUUCUCUGGAAGACCCCGUGGCGUCUCUCCUCACCCCAGAAGGCCCGGCAGCGCAAGCGCCUGCGCUCCGUGGACCGGGUCGUCGACACCGUCAGCGCCGCACUUGCGCGUAACGGACAGAGCUCCAAGGCCGUGGAGCGGUGGUACGCGGAGAUGCCGCGCGAGGAGGAGAUGCUGCCAAAGGACAAGUACACUCUGUUCGAUAAGAAGGAGAAGAGCUACCGGAAAAGCAUUCACAAGCUGCCCAAGUGGACUCGCGUCAGCCAACGUGUGAACCCUCCUGGUUUCUAA